CUCUCUUUCUCUCUCUUGGCGAUUUCGCAGUUUUGUAGAAAGCAUAGAAAAGCAGCCCAAAAAAAAAAAAAAAGAAGCGUUUUUCUUAGCUCGCGUUUCAAAGAUCCCAAUUACAAAUUGUUGAAAGCUCAAACAGAAUGAAACUUUGCGAGCAGUUGGAACGCACUAGAGCUUGUAGAUUUGUAAAAAUUGUACCUUGAGUGGUGAAAUCUGGGAUACAAGGGUUCAAAUAGUGUUUUAUCUUUGGUUGGUGAAGUGGGGAAUGCACUACUAUUUUUAGCUUUCCAUGCUGUCUUUGUGGAGCUAUUUUAGGCUUUUUUUUUAAUACGGUUUUUGUUUUUGGAUCAUAAUAAGUGGGUUGAGCGUAUUUGCUUUAGUAAAUAUAAACCCUAGUUAGAUCUGGCUCUGGAGAGCUACUUAGACUCCAGCCACCAAGGGGCGGUGCCCCCCAUGGCACCUUCUCGGGUGGCUGGAGGGUUAACCCAAUCUUCCUCAAGUUCUGGAAUAUUCUUCCAGGGAGAUGGGCAGUCCCAGGUUGUAGUUAACUCGCACUUGAGCUCGUCUUUUGGGAACUCUUCUAAUUCAAUUCCUGGAACUGGGCGUUCAAAUCUGGGUCCGGUUUCGGGGGAUAUGAACAAUGCUGCGUUGAACAGUGUGGCAAACUCCGGACCAAGUGUUGGGGCGAGUUCUUUGGUCACAGAUGCAAACUCUGCACUUUCCGGAGGUCCCCAUUUGCAAAGAAGUGCAAGCAUCAAUACGGAGUCUUACAUGCGUUUACCUGCAUCGCCUAUGUCCUUCUCAUCUAAUAAUAUUAGUAUUACGGGCUCAUCAGUUAUGGACGGGUCUUCUGUAGUGCAGCAAAAUUCUCAUCAAGACCAGAAUUCGCAACAUGUGCAGCACAAUCAGCACCAGCCACUGGGGGCUUCAAGUGCUACAUCAUUACCUACAUCACAAACUGGCCAACCUUCACUUUCCAUGGGUGCCCGCAUUGGAGCUUUCAUUCAGGAUCCAAAUAAUUUAUCCCAGGUGCAGAAGAAACCUCGGUUAGAUAUCAAGCAAGAAGAUAUCUUGCAGCAGCAGGUGUUACAACAGCUAUUGCAGAGACAAGACCCCAUGCAAUUCCAAGGCCGUAACCCACAGUUACAAGCCUUGCUUCAGCAGCAGAGGCUAAGGCAGCAGCAGCAACAACAACAACAGAUUCUGCAGUCUAUGCCACAGUUGCAGAGAGCCCAGUUGCAGCAACAGCAGCAGCAGCAGCAGCAGCAGAUGCAGUUGAGGCAUCAACUGCAACAACAGGCAAUGCCGCCAGUAUCAGCCAUGAAGCGGCCAUAUGAUAGUGGUGUUAGUGGUGUAUGUGCUCGUCGGCUGAUGCAAUACCUAUUUCAUCAAUGGCAACGGCCACAGGAAAAUAGUAUUGGGUACUGGAGGAAGUUUGUGGCAGAGUAUUACUCUCCUCGUGCAAAGAAAAGAUGGUGCUUGUCAUUAUAUGAUAAUGUUGGGCAUCAUGCACUUGGUGUUUUCCCCCAGGCAUCUAUGGAUGCAUGGCAGUGUGAUAUUUGUGGUUCCAAAUCUGGAAGGGGAUUUGAGGCAACUUUUGAAGUACUUCCUAGACUUAAUGAGAUCAAAUUUGGCAGUGGAGUCCUUGAUGAGCUUAUGUUUUUGGACAUGCCACGGGAAUAUAGAUUUUCUUCUGGAAUAAUGGUGUUAGAGUAUGGAAAAGCGGUCCAAGAGAGUGUUUAUGAGCAACUUCGUGUUGUUCGUGAGGGUCAGCUUCGUAUCAUAUUCACCCACGAUUUGAAGAUAUUAUCUUGGGAAUUUUGUGCACGGCGGCAUGAAGAGCUUCUUCCGCGUAGGUUGGUUGCACCACAGGUGAACCAGUUGGUUCAGGUUGCACAGAAAUGCCAGAGCACAAUUGCUGAAAGUGGAUCUGAUGGGAUUUCUCAGCAGGAUCUGCAAACAAACAGCAAUAUGGUGCUGACAGCUGGGCGCCAGCUUGCGAAGAGUUUGGAGUUACAGUCAUUGAAUGACUUGGGUUUUUCCAAAAGAUAUGUUAGGUGUUUGCAGAUCUCUGAAGUUGUCAAUAGCAUGAAAGAUUUGAUAGAUUUCUGCCGGGAUAACAGAGUCGGGCCAAUUGAGGGCUUGAAAAGUUAUCCUCGACAUGCCUCUGUAGCCAAGCUCCAGAUGCAAAAGAUGCAGGAGAUGGAGCAACUAGCAAAUGUUCAGGGUCUUCCAACUGACCGGAACACCCUCAAUAAAUUAAUGGCAUUGCAUCCCGGUCUAAAUAACCAAAUAAGCAACAAUCAUAAUAUGGCUGGUCGAGGAGCUUUAAGUGGUUCGGCACAAGCUGCUCUGGCACUGACCAGUUACCAGAAUAGGCAGAAUCCUAUGAAUUCAAAUUCUCACUCACUUCAACAGGAGGCUUCAUCUUCCUUCAAUAAUUCUAAUCAGAGUCCAUCGUCAAACCUCCAAGGGACAGCUGCUUUAAUAUCAGGAUCCAUGCAGAAUUUACCUGCAAGUGCCUUUUCAAGUCCCCAUUUACCUUCCCAGCAGCCGCAGCAGCCACAGCAACUGCAGCAGCGCUCACUGAGCGGUAAUAACCUACUCCAACAAAACCAUCCACAGACCCCCCAUGGCAACCAGGUCUUACAACAGCAGAUGAUGCAGCACCUGCUGCAGAUGUCUACUAACAGUUCAGGUGCACAACAGCAAUCCCUUGGUGGGCCAAAUGCAAAUGGGAGUGUGGCAAGAAAUGGAUUGGGAUUUGGAGCUAACACUACGGCAGCAGCUGCAGCCAUGGCCAAUGCAUCAGGAAGUAAUGGGCCGGCUCCAAGUCGGAGCAACAGUUUCAAAGCUGCUUCAAACAGUGAUUCUGCUGCUGGAGGCAAUAACGGAUUCAACCAGAGAUCUCCAGAUCUGCCACAGAAUCUUCAUUUGCAGGAUGAUAUAGUAGUUCCGGAUAUAUCCAGUGACUUCACGGAAAAUGGGUUUUUAAAUGGUGACUUUGAUGAUAGUAUCGGUUAUGGCUGGAAGGCGUGACUAACAUAAAUUGGUUUCAAUCAAUUAUUAGCAUCUGUUGGGUAAGUGUCCAUCCAUCAUACAUCUUUGUACAGGAUAUUUGAAAUAGCUGGGUCUCUUUCUCCCUUUUUUUUUUUUUAUUCUAUUAAUCACGGAAUUUGUUGCGACUUCUCUCACUUGUACUCAGUAGGUAUAUUAGACAUCUGUUUUGAUGGCUUUCUGUCUCCAAGUCUUGCGCAAGUGUAAUCUAUUGGACAAUAACUCUAUGAACGGGUUCCUAUUAAUUAUGAUAUUUACAUGUUUCA